AGUCAUCGUAUUUGUGUCGCUAAAAUUCGUAGUAGCCGCAGCAGCAGUGAUAAUGCCUGUUUGUAUUCAAGCGCCAAACGGUGUAUGUGUGUUAUCUCCCGUGAUAAAUCCAUCCAUCUAAUCGGGCCGGCGUCAAGUAAUCGUCCUGGCAGCAGUGGCGUGCACCAGUCAUUGAAAUCUCCAGCUGGUGAUGUUCAUCUGCCUCGGAGUUGGGCUCCGCCCGCUGGCCAAUAGCCGCUGAGGCCGUCCGAAGAUGGCCAGGGCCUUCAAGUGAGUGGGGCCAGUCAGUCGGUGUUUCACCUAUGACAAGUGCAAGAUGAGGAGUGCUGAUGGUGCGUGCGUUCGGAGAUGAGGUCUGCUUCGGCAGCGGCGCUCCUGCUAGCGGCCCUCCUGGUGGUGCAGGCGGUGCGGGCUUGCGGCCCGGGGCGCGGAGUCGGCCGGAGACGAGGGCCAAGGAAGCUCACACCGCUCGUCUUCAAACAGCAUGUGCCCAAUGUGCCGGAGAAUACGCUCACGGCGAGCGGACUCACUGAAGGACGCAUCGGAAGGAAUGACUCCAGGUUCAAGGAUCUGGUGCCCAAUUAUAACCAGGACAUCGUCUUCAAGGAUGAGGAGGGCACGGGGGCGGACAGGCUCAUGACACAGAGAUGUAAGGAGAAGUUGAACACUUUGGCGAUUUCGGUGAUGAACCAAUGGCCCGGUGUUCGCCUUCUGGUGACUGAAGGCUGGGAUGAAGAAGGCUAUCAUACACCAGAGUCCCUUCACUACGAAGGACGUGCUGUUGAUAUCACCACCAGCGAUCGAGAUCGCUCGAAAUACGGAAUGUUGGCCAGACUGGCUGUGGAAGCGGGCUUUGAUUGGGUCUACUAUGAAAGUAGGGCCCACAUACACUGCUCGGUCAAAUCAGAAUCCUCCCAAGCCGCAAAAUACGGCGGUUGUUUCUCGGGCGAAAGCACAGUCCUGACCUCCACCGGCCUCCGUCGCAACCUCUCCUCGCUCCAAAUCGGCGAGAAAAUCCAAGCACUGGACCCCUCCACCAACGAGCUCGUCUUCAGCGAGGUCCUGCUUUUCCUCGACUACAACCCCUCUCAAAAGCGCCAAUUUCUCCACAUAACCCUGGCUUCAGGUCGCACUUUGACAGUGACCCCAUCUCAUUUGCUCGUCCUCGACGAUCGGACAAUGAAAUACGCGCAAAAGCUCCAACCGGGCGACUUUUUACUCGUGAGUGACAACGCGAAAAACGCUCUAAUUAGCGAAAAAAUCGUGCGUUUGGAGGCCGUGUGGCGGAGUGGCGUUUUCGCGCCGUUGACGGGCGUCGGGACGCUGGUGGUGAAUGACGUGGUGGCGUCGUGUUACGCGACCAUUGACAGUCAAUGGUUGGCCCAUUGGGCGUUUGCGCCCAUUAGAUGGGUGGCAAAGUUGUGGGAUUCCGGGUUAAGGAAGCCGGGAGUUGGGGUUUUUUGGUACGCGAGGUUGCUUUAUGCUACGGCGGACUUUGUUCUACCUUCGCAUUUACUGCACGAGUGAUAUGUAUAAAAAAUUAGGUUUAGGUUUUUUGGCCAGUGACUUAGGUAGUGCGGAUAGACCUUUGAGUGUUCCUUAAUUAAUUAAUUAAUUAAUUAAUUUAUGACUUGACUUUUUUGUGACAAAAAACUGUAUGUAGUGUAUUUUUCAUGUAUAUACAAAACUACUUUUACAUAUUGUAUAGUUUCUUAUUGUUUGAAAAUUGUACAUAGUUAUUUAUGUAAUAUAUAGUCCACUUUUAUUUAUGGUGAAAAAUUUUAUAUCGGAGACAAAAUAAACGUUAAUGUGAU